AUGUCGGUGUGUGUCCAGAAAAACCCACAUUUUUCUCCGCUUUAUCAGUUCGGAGAGGGUUACCACAACCACUUACCCUCUUUCGAAAAAGCUUUCUGGACAAAUCGCGAACAUUUGGAAGAUUUGCGUGAACCAUCGACAUUUAGCUGCCGAUAUUCUGCCCACCCACCAAUGUACUCGGGUGACAGUACACUUUCUGAAAGUGGUUGCCUGCAAUUUUUUAUCGACUCUAAAGAUAGCAGGCCGGUGUUUAUCUCCAGGAACAAGAAUCAAACCCAAGUGGUGCAGCGGCGAGAGAACGCGGGACGCAAACCUAAAGUCGUGCAGGCGAAACGAAGUCGAAAAGAAUCGGAUUCCCAGGAAGAAGAUGGAAGGAUGUCACCAUUAUUCUCUCCCCCAAAACGGGCAAAGAAUUCUACUGUUACAGUGAAAUCAAAAGAAAUGGCGGCAUUUUUCAGAUUGUUUGAUGAUGAUGUCAUUCAAGAUUUUAUGUGGAUGGAUAAAUGUGCAAAAAUUGCAGACAGGCAUCUGUUGGCAAUGGUUUUUGCAUAUUUCAAGAGAGCAAACUAUUCUACUAAGCAUUAUACAAGAACUAAUUUUUUUGUGGCCUUAUACUUGGCCCAUGAUAUGGAAGAAGAUGAAGAAGAUUAUAAGUAUGAAAUAUUUCCCUGGGCAUUGGGAAAAGCUUGGAAAGAUAGGUAUCCAAAUUUUUUGCAGAAAAGAGAUAAAUUGUGGAAAUCAAUAGAUUACAGAGCUGCUGUCAGCAGAAAAUGCUGUGAAGAGGUAAUUUCCAUUUGUCCUGAAAAUGAUAUAUGGCAGAGAAUACGUAAAAAUCAUCAUGGAGGUGCUAUUCGAAGUUACAAUAGAUCAGAUGACUAUGAUGGUUAUCCUCGUGGUCCAGGUGUAUCACCACCAAAAUGUUCAGAAUGUACUAAUGCUAGACAAUGGAACAAGUCUCUAGUAAUAACAGACAGUGAUAGUCCUGUUACUACUGCAUGCUUAUAUUUAUCAUCUUGCACAGACACAUCAUCCGACAGCAUUGAGGAUCAUUCUGAAAAGGAUGAAGACCAAAUCUUGCCAGGAAGAUUUAACAUGGAAGAUCUUAAAGAAACACUGCAUACUGACCCAAAUGACAGCUUUUUCUGGGCACAUGAAGAAGAGUAAGACUGAUGUCG